AUUUUUAUUUAUUUUUAAAAUGAAUAAACAGAACAGCUUCUUGCUUGGCUGUCUCUCAUACAUAUUGCUUUCUUCUUUCUUUUGCAUUUCUGAGGAAAUUGACCACAUACAAAGAGAGAAAGAGAGAGAUAGAGUUUCUUCCAGAGCUUCAAAGAUACUAAUAAUAACAGUAAAGGGUAUUUUUCAAGAUAGUGUUGAUAAAUUCAGUGGAUAAGUUUCGUUGAUUUUCAGAUAGUGAUUAUAAUAAUAAUGAAAGCCAAUAAUACACCUGCUGAGGAGCUUCUGAAGAAGAUUCGAGAACUUGAAGCGGGCCAUGCUCACUUGAAGGAAGAGUUGUCCAAGCUUAAAGAUUCUAAAUCCGACGUCACCCACCAACGUUCACAUUCUGUGUCGCCUCGCCGUCUGAGAUUGGGAGCUGCUCCAAGAAGAAAAGAACCCACUACUUUAUGGAAGAAUUCGGCCUCGUUUCGGCAUUCUUCGCCGUUGCAAAGAGAGAGCAGAAGUGGCGAGAGUGGUGGAGCCGGCGGCGGUUCUAGUGGCGGUGAUGGUGGUCCGGCGUCUGUGAAUUUUACUGAUAGACAGUAUUUGAAUAUAUUGCAGUCCAUGGGACAAUCUGUUUACAUAUUUGAUCUUGAUGGUCGUAUUAUUUAUUGGAACCGGUCAGCGGAGAACCUUUAUGGUUACUCAGCUGCUGAAGCUCUUGGUAAUGAUGCCAUUGAGCUUCUAUCAGACCCUCGGGACUCUGAAGUUGCACAUAAUAUGGUUAAUCGGGUUACUAUGGGGGAGAGUUGGACUGGGCAAUUUCCUGUGAAGAAUAAAAUGGGGGAGAGGUUUUUGGCAGUUGCUACCAAUACUCCAUUCUAUGAUGAUGAUGGUUCUUUGGUUGGGAUUAUUUGUGUGUCUAGUGAUUCUCGACCAUUCCUAGAAACUAGGGUUGCAAUGUGGGGUGCUAAGAAUUCAGAGCCAGAUUCAAGUUUUGGUCGUCCUAGAAAUAGUGUUACAGCUAAACUUGGCCUUGAUUCUCAGCAGUCUCUGCAAGCCGCAAUUGCUUCAAAAAUAUCCAAUCUGGCAACUAAGAUGAGCAACAAAGUUAAGUCAAAGAUUCGGAAUGGAGAAAAUCUCAUGGACCGUGAAGAUGGAAGUGGAGAUAGUCUUCAGUCAGAUCAUGGGUUGUCUGAUGCAGCUCUUUCUGAUCAUAAGGAGGAUGCUAAUUCAAGCGGUGCUAGCACGCCUAGAGGAGAUAUACCUCCAUCUCCUUUUGGUGUAUUUACUCCCGUUGAUGAGAGGUCCCCUGUCAAGCCUUUUAGAGAUCCUGGUGAUGAGGGUGAAGGAAAAACUACAAUCCAAAAGAUUAUUACAACUAAAGCAGAACAAUUGUUGGGUAAGAAAGGUCUAUUGUGGCCAUGGAAAGCGAGUGAGCGGGAAGUUUCAGAGCCAAAGUCUGGUCGUUUUGCUUGGCCCUGGUCACAAAAUGAUCAAGACAAUGAAUUGAUACAGCAGAAGAGCCCUUCUGGCACAAAAUCUGAAAGCCACAUGAGUGAAUGUAAUAGGCCUUCAAAUAAUGAGGCCUCUGGAUCCUGGUCCUCAUAUGUAAAUGUUAACAGCACAAGCAGUGCUAGCAGCUGUGGAAGUACCAGCGGUAGUGCUGUAAAUAAGGUGGACUUGGACAAUGACUGCUUGGAUUAUGAAAUCUUGUGGGAAGACUUGACAAUUGGAGAACAGAUUGGGCAAGGUUCUUGUGGUACGGUGUACCAUGGUCUGUGGUAUGGAUCAGAUGUUGCCAUCAAGGUAUUCUCCAAGCAAGAAUAUUCAGAUGAUGUGAUGCAUUCCUUUAGACAAGAGGUAUCUCUGAUGAAAAGACUUAGACAUCCUAACAUUCUGCUCUUUAUGGGAGCUGUGACUUCGCCUCAGCGUCUCUGCAUUGUUACAGAAUUUCUUCCACGGGGAAGUUUGUUUCGCUUGCUACAAAGGAACACAAGUAAACUUGAUUGGAGACGACGUGUGCUUAUGGCUUUAGAUAUAGCUCGGGGCAUGAGUUAUCUUCAUCAUUGUAACCCCCCAAUCAUCCAUUGUGAUUUGAAGUCUUCGAAUCUUCUAGUUGAUAAACAUUGGACUGUGAAGGUUGGUGAUUUUGGUCUGUCACGUCUCAAGCAUGAGACAUAUCUCACCACCAAGACGGGGAAUGGAACACCUCAAUGGAUGGCGCCAGAAGUUCUCCGUAAUGAACCCUCAGAUGAGAAGUCUGAUGUAUACAGCUUUGGAGUGAUAAUGUGGGAGCUUGCCACUGAAAAGAUCCCUUGGGAUAAUCUCAACUCCAUGCAGGUGAUUGGAGCUGUAGGGUUCAUGAACCAACGAUUAGAGAUCCCAAAAGAUUUGGAUCCACAGUGGGCUUCCAUAAUGGAGAGCUGCUGGCACAGCGAUCCACAACGCCGGCCAUCAUUUCAGGAACUGCUGGAUAGACUUCGAGAUGUGCAGAGAAAAUUUGUCAGUCAAUUCCAGGCAUCCCGGACAGCGGCAGGAGAUAGCACCCAGAAGGAAUUAUAGUUUAUAGACCUUGUUCUGGUGUUUCAGUUCCAUUACUUGAAUUCAACAACAGUAUGGCUAAUUGGAAGCAAUUCAACCACAGUAUGGCUAAUUGGAAGCAUCGGCACUAAUUUUGAAAAGCAAUUCCAUUUCUUUGGUGGUGAAAAACAGAUGGCUACCACCAAAAGGCUUAUGUAUUAUUGGCACAACCCCAAAGGCGCAAAGCUGAAGCUGCCAGAUAAAAAGAAAAAAAGGACAAUGUGAUGGUGAUUGCUGCAAUGCUUUAUUUUUGUACUAGCAUGAUAGAAGUCUUGAAAAAAUCUGUGAGUGGGGGUUGAAGCUUUAAUGAGAGUGUCAGAACUUGUUUAGGAAGGAAAAAAGUUGUACAGAAAAGAUGAUUCUCGUUGGAGUAUAUAGAGAGUGAAUUAAUAUUAUUAUUAAUAUUUGCAUUGUUUAUUUA